CUUUUAAUUGAUUUUGAAACUGUUAUAAAUAUUGUAAAACCUAAAACUUUUAUUGUAACUCUGGACCUGAAAAAAGCCCAAUAUAAUAUUACAGGCCUUUAUAAAUACUGGGCCUGUGUAAUAAGCGAUUGGGUUUUUGUUUUAUUUUUUUCAUUUUGUCUCUGACCGUCGUCCCCUCAAAAAGAGUUUCGACGGCUGUGGGCACGAAACUUUCGAUUUUGCUGAGGAGAGGUUUCGGGGAAGCGAAGUGAUGGAUUGGCAAGGGCAAAAAUUGACGGAGCAGCUGAUGCAGGUCCUGCUCUUGAUCUUCGGUGUCAUCGCAAUUGUUGCGGGAUAUUCAAUGGGAUCUUUUAGGAUGAUGAUGUUGAUCUAUGCAGGUAGUGUGGUUCUCACCACUCUGAUCACCGUCCCUAACUGGCCGUUCUUCAAUCAUCACCCUCUCAAGUGGUUGGACCCGAGUGAGGCUGAGAAGCAUCCCCGACCACAAGUGACCGCGAGUUCGAAGAAGAAAAACUCAAGGAAGUAGGCUUUGCUUUGAUAUCUUGUGUUUCUUCAUCUCAAACUUUAGGCAUAA